UCAGCAUGAUUUCUAGGUCCGAUCCAGUCAUGUUAAUGAUUCUUCUAAUUGCAUCGACAUUUAGACAAGGUCUCACAAUGGUGAGCUAUGGAACGGAUUUCAUCACAGCAUUUCCAGAGAAUGUGGGUUACUUCUACCCAAACAUUUCCACCAGAAUUCUAAGAAUCACUGCCCUCCAUAACGACACUACCUUCACUGUCCACUUCAACGGCACACAAACACCAUCAUCAGUUCUGCGCAGUGGCCAAACUGUAAAGCUGUCGUUUCCAAAAACUGCUGAAGUACAUCGACUAAACUACUCCAGUAAUUCAAUCCGAAUUACCAGUGUAAAAGACAUCGUAGUUCAUUCUUUUAGUCAGACAGAUAUAGGUACAGCUACCACUCCAGAGAAAAGUGUCCAGAGCCAUGUUGUUCAACCCAUCACAAAUCUUGGAACGAGCUAUUUGAUCCCUUCGCUGAACCAGUCAGACCUUAUCCAAACUUUCAGCGGAUCUCCGGCACCAUUCUGGUCCCAAAGAUACAGUUCAUUCAAGCUGAUCAUCAUCAAUGCAGAGGACACAGAAAACACUGUCAAGUUAGUCAAGGGUAUGUCGGAGCGUUUUCAAGAAGACCUAAAAAUCCUGCCAUACCAGCUCAUCCAGUUGCAGGUCAAUGAUUCAUUGAAAAUGGUUGAAUCUAGCCAUAAAGUAGCAGUGAUUCUGACUCAUCCAUGUCUAGAAAUUACAUGUAAAUGCAACAUGAUAGUGAAUCAGAUUCUUCCUACACAAUUUCAGGGUCAGAACUUUGUUGUGCCGUACAUUCCGGGUAUAACCCUGAGCCGCUUACUUAUGACAUCAAAUGACAUGUCAACUUCUCUAUCUCACAAUAAUAUUCAGUUACAGCCUAGUCCAUCAGGGUUCCUGUCACUUUCAGAUCAGACGAAAUCUCAAUACGUAAAGGCAUCAGGAAACGUGUCCCUCACACUGAUCAGGCCAGGUCUUAUCUUUGAAGUGAUGCCAGAAAACAUGUUUGCUGCCUGUUACCUGCUGCAGUUCUAUUCAGACAUCAAGAAAGCCUUAGUGAUAGCUGAAACUGCCAGUAAAAAUAAUGUACACACACAAAACAGUCCCGUUACAGACACUCAGUGGACUGAGAUUACCGGCACAAAAUACUCUUCAGCUGAAAUAAGUUUCAGUGAGUUUACAAUAGUCAUCUGGCAUCCAACCUCAAAGAUUGCUGUUUAUUUACUGGAAAUCUCUGGCACGACAGUUUAUGGAGGACCAGCUAUACCUAUAAAUACAGAACCAGAUGAGUUUGACUGUGUGGUGAUUCCUGGACAUUAUGAAGUUGGAAAUGAUCGUCUUAGUUGGGCUGAGUCCCUGGCUCACUGCACGAGUCUUGAACAACACCUCGCCUGUCCUACAAGUGAAGACAUUCAGAAAAAGCUGUCUGGAAAGGUUAACAGCACAGAGGAGGAGGCUUGGAUUGGAUUACGACGUAGUCUAAUUACAACAGACUGGUACUGGCAGAGGCAAACACCAUCAACACCAUCAUUACCAUCAUCAUCUGUGGAUUACGUUCACUGGGCUGAUGGGCAUCCGGAAGAGAAUUUUAGAGGCCUUUGUGCUUCACUGUCACUAAAUGAGAAAGAUGAGUUCAAAUGGAAAAGUGCAAAAUGCUGUGAGAAAAAGCGUCCUGUCUGCUACAAACCCUCAAUAAGCUUUUAUCCUUUACCCUCAGAUACAACUUCCUCAGCUUCUUUUGAAUUUUUCUAGCGCCACAAAAUUAUCUCAGUAUAUUUUUGUCUUUACUGGCAACAAUCACUGUGGUUCCUGGUGGGAGAAUGCAGUUCAUUUCAAUGAUAAAAAUCCUUAUUACAGUAAUCAUAAUGUUAUUAAGAAUACAUUUGUAAUGCAUGCUCAUAGAAAUAAGAAACAUAACAGGUCUUAUUAGUGUUGUUAAAGUUAAAUUAGUUUUGAUUUCUUCAUAUUUCAAAAGCAGUUUGCUUUUUCUAAGGCCUGAUCUGGGCUGAAUCUGCAUGAAGCAAUUGUAUUUCUUGAAGAACCUAAUAGCUCUAAUAUCUCCAUGUAGGAUGCAGUAACAUUUACUUGCCUUAUUUAUGACUAUAAUCAAGUUUUUUCUCUAAAACCCAUACCAUCAAUAGAUUCCUGGCAUAUUCUUACAGAAAUCUCAGCUACCUUUUGAAUGAGUGUAAAAUAUGUUCUCAUCAUAAAACACAUAAAGUUUGCUCAUAUAGUCACUAGUCAUAAAGAUGUUUUUAUUAAUAUUGGAAGUUUAAAUAAUACAUUUUAUUAUUUAUUUUCAGGCUUGAUUCUGUAAAACUGCUUUAAAACAAAACAUAUUGUAAAAAGGAACUAUGCAAAUAAAAAUUAUGUAAUCUUGUCA